AUGCAAUCUACUUGUUUGUUUACUUGUUUAUCAUUCAUCACCAUUUACUUCUCAGCAACAUAUGCAAAAUGUCCCGAGGGAUCGCUUGAGUAUUUGGAACGAGCCGAGUGCAUUUAUCCCGUUGAUUCGAAAACAACGUAUCCGGAGGCGAAAAAGAUUUGCCGAAAUCUCGGCGGUCAAAUCAUCACGAUUCGAGAUAUUUUCGAGAAUGUCAUGUCUGGAUCUGAGGCACAAACAACUUGUCCAGCUGGUUGGGUACCGUUCAAUGGGAAAUGCUACUAUUUCCAGGACCCGGUUCUCGAAGAUCACUUUGUUUCCUUCACAAUCUAUGGAGCCGAGGAUGCGUGUCAAUCAAUGGGUGCCACCGUUGUCUCAAUUCACAGUCAGGAGGAGUUCGACUUUCUGAAAAGGGAAAUCGCCACCGACCCCUCAAUUCUCAAAGAGACCGACUGUCAACAGGAUCAGGCGGUGAUCGGGCUCAUUUGUGCGGGUUUCUAUCAGGCGUGGACCGACAAUACACCCUUCGAUUUUGACAAAACCAAGAAUUGCACCGCCGGCACAAACACUUACGGGGUCGGUCUCUUCGGCACAACGACGGCCACCCUGGCCAUUUAUGUGAUUUUCCAUUGCCGUCACCUGUCCGGCCCGUUCCGUCACAUUCUCCUCUUCGACAUCGUCAAUUGGGGAUCGGUGAAUUUGGUGUCGAUUCUGUGGACACCGUUGGUCAUCUUUGGUGACAUCACAAAUGCGUUCGUCGUCGAGUUGGACUACAUCUCGACGGGACUCGUCUACUCUUUUUGCACGGUGGCCUUCGUUGUGCGCGUGCUUUUGUCGGUGAAUCGACUGCUCGCCUCAUUGGGAAACACAAAGCUUUUGAACCAGUUUUGCGCCUCGCUGAACGCCUGCAUGCUCGGUGCCUACAUUCUGUUGAUGGCUUUUUGGGGAGUCCAAUUGAUUCCCGGCUGUCGGGGCACGUUCAUCACCUCAGCGUUGAUCUAUUCGAACGAGCCGGGCGACUGUGCGACAACUCUGCUGUUCAUCACACAAGACGGAGCCCUUCUGUUGUUCACGGCGUAUUUCGUCAUCGUCGCGGCCGCAAAUCCGUCGCCUACACUGGCAUUUAUGACGUUCACGAUUGGAUGGCAAAUGUUUGCUGGUGGAUACAAUUUUCUCUACUUUGCUUUCAACUACCAAUUCAUGGAGAAGACGAAAAGCUCAAGUCAAGCAUUCGUCACUUUGGUCACCGCCGUAGCU